AUGUGCAUUGAAUUCAAGUAUGAGUACGCCCUAGGCCACCUCAAAGUUGAGAAAGUCUCCGAAUCCCGCAAGGUCAUCUCCAAGCUCCUGGAGAAAUACCGCCAGGGCAGCAACGGCAAGAACAUCGUUCAUGUCGUGCACGAAGUGCCCCCCGGCGCUCCUGUGUUCACGCCUGGCACGACUCUCGCACAGGAGUUCGAGGAGCUCACUCCCAAGGCCGGCGAGAAGGUCGUGACGAAGAACUUCCCGAGCUCUUUCGCCAAGACCGAUCUGCAUGACUACUUGCAGGGACUGGGCGAUGUAGGUAGCAAGAUUGUGCUGGUUGGCUAUAUGGCGCAUGUUUGUGUUUCGACUACUGCUCGCUCGGCGAGUGAGCUGGGCUAUGAUGUGCUUGUUGUGCGGGACGCUGUGGGGGAUCGGAAUAUUCCUGAUGCGGAUGCUGAAACGGUCGUUUCUGUUGUUCUUAGUGAGCUGGGUGAUGGGUUUGCUACGAUUGUUUCGGAGAGUGAGAUUGGCGCUUGA